AUGGCGAGUGAAUUGCAUCCACCGUCAUCCUUUUCGUUUGAUGGUGAUCUGCCUACUAAAUGGGCACUUUGGAAAAAGCAGUUUGUGUGGUACUUAAAGGCCACAAAGAAAAACAAAGACGAUGAAGAUGUUCAAGUGGGCGUAUUGAUCACGUUGCUAGGCCUAGAAGGGCUCCGAAUCUACGAGACGUUCACGUGGACAACAGCUGGUGAUGAAAACAAAAUUAAUCCAGUCUUGGCUAAGUUUGAUGCUCAUUUUCAACCCCGAAAAAGUCAAACUUUUGAACGCUACAAGUUUCUCACUCGUCAUCAACGUGAGGGUGAGUCAUGUGAGUCGUUUUUAUUGGAACUUCAGUCCCUUAUCGCAACCUGUGAGUAUGAUACACAACGAGACUCCAUUCUGCGUGAUCAAAUCGUUAUCGGUGUGGCAGACGUUAAAACACGUGAAAAAUUGUUGUUCGACCCUCAAUUAACAUUGGUGAAGGCGGUUGAAAUUAUUCGAGCGUGUGAAACAUCAUCAUCGAUAGCUGAAAAAAUGUCAGCAGAGGCGGUCAACAAGUUGACCUUGGAAAAAUUCAAACGGUCGAGGCCCUCGGACCGACGUGGCUCAGCAGACCAGUCUGGACAUCGCAAGAGUGUCGAACAAAUCACAAAUUGUAAGUGGUGCGGUGGCAGUCAUUCUAGGCGUAAUUGUCCAGCUUACGGGAAACAGUGCACAAAAUGUGGUAAGCCCAACCAUUUUGAGAAAGUUUGUGACAGCGAAGAAAACGUUGGUAGUAUAGACUCGUAUGUGGUUCACUCGUUGAGUGAUCGCCAAGACUCGCAGUGGAACGUUGAACUCCUAGUCAACGAUUAUCCGAUAACUUUCAAAGUGGACACCGGUGCCUCGUGUAAUGUGUUGUCUCGUAAUUGGUUUGAAAAAAGUGAAUCGCUCAAAGUCACAACUGAAGCCUGGUCCGCAAGUACGCACGUAUAA